UCAAAAUAUCUUACUUCUGUCCGAGACACCGUAUAUUUCUGUGGUACAAAAUGGACAGCAAGCCUGUAACCAAGACGAAAACAGCAGAUAAUUUGCUCAAAACAAGAAAAAGAAGACGUUCAAACCUAUGUCUGAACAAGCCAAAGCAACGUGCGAAAUUGGCAAAGCUGCAGAUACUGCAGCAACUGGAGAGCGCCCAACUAAGUCUUCUGAUAUCAACAGUACGCCAAUGGAUCAGCCUCCCUGUAUUUCAGGACGAUAUGCUUAACGCACCACAUAAGAAAAAGAAUAUGAAGUCAAACUUUCGCAAAAGAUUGUUUAAAAAAAGCACAUUAGAGACCAUGACUGAAGAGAUUAUGGAAAUAUUGCCCGGGUUCCUGCAAAAA